CAAAGUCCACCUACCUAACCAAGAACCAACAUCAAUCAAAAUCAAAAUCAUAACCUAUCAAAUCCCUAGGGACUGGGCUUGGCCUUUUAAUAAGAUAAGCUGUAACUUAUUUAUUGUUAUAGGCCUACUGAUGAAGCAUAAAAGAUAAAAUAAAAUGUUUUGCUAGUGUAACCUUAGUCGUGUAGCCUUAAAGUACUAACUAGGUACCUAAAGUGUAGAAAAUGAAAUUUUGAUUGGAAGACUAAUCAACAAUGGCCAGCAUUACAGCUUAUACAGUUAAUAAUAAAUUACAUUUGGAAUGUACAUUAUUUUUACAUCUAUGACAACAAGAGAGGUAACAUGGAGUGACAUCUAUAAAUGUUUUUCCUCUAAAACUAUAAAAGGAAAAUCCAAACUUUACAGGAUGAAAUAUAAAUGCCCAAUGUGUUUCGAAGAAUUUUGUGAGGAAUACCUCUUAAACAAACAUAUUCAAAUCCGACAUGAAGUAGAAAUGGUUUUAAAAGAAGAGAAUGUGACUAUAAAACAGGAAAAUAAUUUUCUUGAAGAGGUUCCACUUGUUCAGACAAAAGAAAUAGGAAGGAAACAUUCAUUAGACCAUAUUAAUGACUUGGUGAAAAAUGAACCAUCCAUUCCUGUUGAAGAAAACAUGUUGUUAGAGUGUUCACAAAACCAUUCUGGGGAAAACUCAAGAGAAAAAUGUCUGUCAACACUUAAUGAAGAAAACACUUUACGAGACCAAGAUUCUGUAAUAUACCCUUUGGUUCAGAUUGAAUACAAGCACCACCAAUGUCAUCUUUGCAAAAAGACUUUUACAAAAAAUGGACACUUAAAAGUACAUUUGCUCUCUCAUUCUUCAAAACGACCAUUUGAGUGUGUGGUAUGCAAUAAAACUUUUACUCAAAGUGGUAAUUUGAGAAGACAUCUUACCACACAUGUUAAUGAGCGUCCACGCCAAUGUACAUUUUGUGACCAAACAUUUGCACAAGUUGGUCAGUUAAAGUUACAUCUGCUUAUUCACACUGAUGGUAAACCUUACCAAUGUACAGUAUGUGAAAAAUCUUUCACACAAAAAGGAGAUCUAAACAGACAUAUGCUGAUCCAUUCUCAGGAACGACCCCACGAGUGUCAUCUCUGUGAUCAAAAGUUUAAACAGAGUUCUCAUUUAAAGAGUCACCUGUUGACUCAUACAGGGCAACGACCCCAUCAGUGCACAAUGUGUGAUAAAGCUUACAAAGAAAGUGGACAUUUGAGAAGACAUAUGCAAACCCAUGCAGAUGGGCGCCCUUACCAAUGUACAAUAUGUGACAAGGCAUAUAUCCGCAGAGAACACUUGAAAAGGCAUCUUAUAACUCAUUCCAAGUAAUUGCCAUAAUUCUUCCUAGUUGUAAAUAAUUGAAACGUAUAAGUUAAUGUUGAAAUGGGUUGUGAGUACCACAACGUCCAUAAUUCACUAUUUUUAGGAAUACAUGCAUAAAUAAUUCUUCACGGAGAGAAUAAAGUGUAACACAAGAUACCAAACACUUAAAAUAGCUUUAGACCUCAUUGAUGUUUACACAUAUCUAAAUAAAACAUUUUCAGGUUCAUUUUAAAAGUAUUAAUAUUGUUAAAACUGUUCUAUUAAAAUAACUUUAGGAGACAAACAAUGUGUAUAUGGAAGUAAAAACGUAGUAGCCUAUCAUUUUUCUGCAAAGUAUGCCACAUAACAUAUUGCUGUUAGAAUUGUACAGUUAUGGUUGUUUAAAUUGAAUGUUGUUUUAAAAUAGUUUGAUUAAAAAAUCUUCCAUUACACUGCAUGUUUACAUCAAUAAGCUUUAAUUGCAUAAAUAUAAAUUAA